AAAAAAAAAAAAGCAAGCAGGAUUUCGAGACGAAAAGAUGUUUUGUUCGUGGAAAAGAAGAAGAAGAAGAAAGAGAGAGUUGAAGCAAACUCUCACCUCAUCUACCUCCUUUUUAUUUAUUCCCUUCUCUCUAGUCUGAACAAAAUUAGCAAACAAAAACUCUCUCUAAUCUCUCCUCAAAACCUCACCGACUCAUUAUUCUCUACUGUUGAUCUCAAUUCUCAUCAAUCUUUUAUCAAUAACCCCACUCAAUCGAUACUCUCCUUCCUCCCACAUUAAAUUACCCCUUGCUUUCUUUUAAUCUUUUCACUCCUCUUUCUCUCGAAAAUCCCAUGAAACAUUGAAACCCCAUGUCAUGUCCCGUGACUUUCAACAACUCUCCUCCUCUCAAUCUCAACCUUCCACCUCAAAAUUCUCCAUAUCUUCCUUUCACUACUCGAUACCUAACGACCCUUUUCACCCCUCUUCUCUCUCACGACUCCUCCCUAUUUCUCUGACCGCAGAAUAAUUACCAGCUGUAUCAUCAAGAAUCAUGCGGUCUCCACAUCCCCACCGUAACGGCGGCGAGACCCAGCAACACUUCCACUCCACCAUCUCCUUACAGAAGCUGAAACGCUUCAACUCACUCAUUCUUGUUUUUCGAUUCUCUGCCUUUUGUUUCUCUCUUGCCUCUGCUGUUUUCAUGCUCACUAACUCUGGAGGAUCUGAUUCCUUUCAUUGGUACAAUUUUGACGCUUUCAGAUACGUUUUUGCUGCGAAUGCGAUCGUCGCCGUUUACUCUCUAUUCGAAAUGACUGCCGCCGUUUGGGAAAUUUCAAGAAACGCCACGCUCUUCCCUGAAAUUUGCCAAGUCUGGUUCGAUUUCGGCCAUGAUCAGGUGUUUGCGUACCUGUUAUUGUCAGCGAACUCAACCGGCACGGAAAUGGCUAGGACAAUGAAAGCCGCGUGUACUGAUAACAAGCCGUUCUGUGUGCAGUCAGAUAUUGCGAUUGCUCUGGGUUUUGUCGGGUUUUUGUUUUUGGGUGUUUCGUCUUUGUUUUCGGGUUUUCGGGUGGUUUGUUUUAUAAUCAACGGCUCUCGUUUUUAUGUUUAGAUUAUUAGUCGUUUUUAUGUUUAGAUUAUUAGUUGAUUAAAUUAAUAGUGUAUGAAAUUAAUUAAGAUUGCACAGUGAGGGAAUAUUUUUUUUGUA